ACCCUUUUUCUGCAUAAUAUAUAAAACAGGUAACCAAACACAAACCCUAAUUUCUCCCCCUUUUACGAACGAGGGUUCUGCGGCAGCCUCCAUUGCAGUUCAUUUUUCUCCGAUCACAAUCAAUCAAUGGCUCGGAUCAAAGUUCACGAACUUAGAGGCAAAUCGAAGGUCGAUUUGUUCGCUCAAUUGAAGGAUUUGAAAGCCGAACUUGCUCUUCUUCGUGUCGCAAAAGUCACCGGUGGUGCUCCGAACAAGCUCUCUAAGAUAAAAGUUGUAAGAACCUCGAUCGCGCAGGUCCUGACAGUGAUUUCACAGACCCAGAAAGCCGCACUUAGGGAGGCUUACAAGAAUAAGAAGUACCUUCCUUUGGAUCUUCGUCCCAAGAAAACCAGAGCCAUUCGCAGGCGUCUUACCAAACAUCAGGCUUCAUUGAAGACGGAGCGUGAAAAGAAGAAAGAGAAGUAUUUUCCGUUGAGGAAGUAUGCAAUCAAGGCUUAGGUGGUUUUAGGUUCAAUUUUGAAUUUGAAUUUAUGCUUUGUGUAUGUUUUCAUCAAGUUUUGUUGGAUUUGAAUGGUUAUAUGAACAUUUGGAUUUUUGCUUUUAGUGCCUGGCGGUGUUUCUUUU